UUACCUGCGAAUCUGAGGAGGGAGAGGGAAGAAAGGGAGAGAGAGAAAGGAGGGAAGGAAAGAAGAGAAGGGAGAGGGAGGGAAAAGGAAGGAGAAGGGGAAGAAGAGGGAGAGAGAGGGAAGGGGAGGGAGGAAAGGAAAGGGAGAAGGAGGGAGAAAAAAAAAAGAGGUAAAGAAGAGUUCGUUAUCUGAUCAGAAAACCUACCCAGGCUGUCCCAAAAGCGAAAGAUUCCGACGUCUACCCCUAGAGCCAGCAGACGGCAGUCAGGGAUGUGCGGCGGUCCAGCGGUCCAGCGGUCCCUGUCCUGGGCCUGCCGGGCGGCUCUGCGGAGGCUGCAGGGUUAAGCUCGGCCUCCGCCCACCGCGCGUGCGCAGCAGAGCUCAGGGGGGCUCCGGGCUCCCGGAGCUACAGGGCGACCGCGGGCUCUGGCGUGGGAAGCUUGACAGCCAGCCGGGGACACCUGCAGAGGCUGUUUCUGGUGCUGUCGUCUCAAAAAUGACAUCUCUAGUCUGUACACUGAUUGUCUUCUGAGCCCAGUGACGUCCAGUCGUCUCCAGACCUCAGACCCUUACGCCGACCAGAGAAUCUUACAGAGGAAAUGAUAAUUCUCCAAUUGUUACCUGAAGGGUCCAGUUGCAGCACAUGGAGACCCGGUUCAAUUAUGAACCUCAAGAACAUCACCUUCUGUCAGAUGGUGAGACUAAGAUCAAAAUUGGAGAGCCAGCUUCAGAGGAGGAAAUUACAGCAAUUAUUAAACCAUUUCCUGAAGAGUCAGACAAUCCCAGAGAGGAUGUUCUACAGGAUUCUGAAGGCAGAGAAUUCUGUGAAUUUGAAGAUAAAUUGAAUGAAGAGGAUCAGAACCUCCUUAAAAAAAUACAGUAUAACUGUGAUGAAUGUGGCCAAAGCUUUUCUUGGAGUACAGGCCUUAUUAGGCACCAAAGAACUCAUUGGGAAAAACCCUAUGAAUGUGAUAAAUGUGGAAAGGCCUUUCGUAUGAGCUCAGCUCUGGUUCUGCAUCAGAGAAUUCAUACUGGGGAGAAACCCUAUCCUUGUAAUUGGUGUGUUAAAAGCUUCAGUCGGAGCUCAGACCUUAUCAAACAUCAAAGAGUCCACACUGGUGAAAAACCUUAUAAAUGUGGUGAAUGUGGGAAAGCCUUCAGUCAGAGCUCAGAUCUUAUUAUACAUCAGAGAAUCCAUACAGGAGAAAAACCUUAUCAAUGUAGUCAUUGUAGUAAAAGUUUUAGCCAGCGCUCAGACCUGGUUAAACAUGAAAGAAUCCACACAGGAGAGAAGCCUUUUAUGUGUAACCAGUGUAACAAACAUUUCAGUCAGAGUUCUGAUGUUAUAAAACAUCAAAGAAUCCAUACUGGGGAGAAACCAUACAAGUGUGAUGUGUGUGGGAAAGCCUUCAGUCAGAGCUCAGAUCUCAUUCUACAUCAGAGAAUCCACACUGGGGAGAAGCCAUAUCCAUGUAACCAGUGUAGUAAAAGCUUCAGUCAGAACUCAGACCUCAUUAAACAUCGAAGGAUCCACACAGGAGAGAAGCCCUAUAAAUGUAAUGAAUGUGGGAAGGCUUUUAAUCAGAGCUCAGUCCUCAUUCUGCAUCAAAGAAUUCACACUGGAGAGAAACCCUAUCCAUGUAAUCAAUGUAGCAAAACUUUCAGUAGGCUUUCAGAUCUGAUUAAUCAUAAAAGAAUUCACACUGGAGAGAAGCCUUACCCAUGUAAUCAGUGUAAUAAAAUGUUUAGUCGACACUCAGAUCUUGUUAAGCAUCACAGAAUUCACACAGGUGAGAAGCCCUACGAAUGUGAUGAGUGUGGGAAAACCUUUAGUCAGAGCUCCAACCUUAUUCUACAUCAGAGAAUCCACACUGGAGAGAGACCCUACCCAUGUAAUGAUUGUACUAAAAGUUUUAGUCGUCGUUCAGAUCUCAUAAAGCACCAAAGAAUACACACCGGAGAGAAACCAUAUGCAUGUAAUCUGUGCAAUAAAAGUUUUAGUCAAAGCUCAGACCUCACCAAACAUCAGAGAGUACACUCUGGUGAAAAGCCCUAUCAUUGUGACAGCUGUGAGAAGGCUUUCAGUCAGAGUUCUGAACUUAUUCUUCAUCAGAGAAUCCACACUGGAGAAAAACCAUAUCCGUGCACUCAGUGCAGCAGAAGUUUCAGUCAGAACUCAGACCUCAUCAAACACCAGAGAAUCCACACUAGAGAAAAACCAUAUAAAUGUCACAAGUGUAGGAAAUUUUUCAGUCAGUGCUCAGCUCUUAUCCAACAUCAGAGAACCCACACUGGGGAGAAACCAUAUCCAUGUGUUCAAUGUGGCAAAAGCUUUCGUCAGCACUCUGGUCUCAUUAACCAUCACAGAAUCCACACUGGUGGAAAGCCAUAUAAGUGUGAUGCAUGUGGGGAAACCUUCAUCACAGAUCUUACUGAGCAUGAGAGAAUCCACACUGAGGAGAAACCCUAUCAGUGUGUGCAGUGCAGCAGAAGUUUUAACCAUGAUCUGAUUGAUCAUGAGAAAUUCCAUUCUGAGGAAGACAGCCUAAAUGUGAUGAAUGUGGGAAAACCUUUAAUGUAUACACCACCUUUCUUCAGUACCAGAGAUACCACAUCAGAGUAAAAAUCUUACGAAUGCUAUUAAUGAGCAUGAGAAAGGUUUUGCUCAAUGUAGCACCAACACAUUCUACAUUUAGGAAAAACAUGAGAGAGAAAACUAAUUUGAUUUUUAUAAUGAAAAUUAAUCUCAGCACUCU